AUGCUUCAAAGCAAAUAUGGGGAAAACGCAUAUAUGAGAAAAACGCAUAUAUGGGAAAAACGCAUAUAUGGGAAAAACGCAUAUAUGGGAAAAACGCGUAUAUGGGAAAAACGCAUAUAUGGGGAAAACGCAUAUAUGGGAAAAACGCAUAUAUGGGAAAAGCGCACAUAUGGGAAAAGCGCACAUAUGGGAAAAGCGCACAUAUGGGAAAAGCGCACAUAUGGGAAAAGCGCACAUAUGGGAAAAGCGCACAUAUGGGAAAAGCGCACAUAUGGGAAAAACGCACAUAUGGGAAAAACGCACAUAUGGGAAAAACGCACAUAUGGGAAAAACGCACAUAUAGGAAAAACGCAAAAAUGGGAAAAACGCAAAUAUGGGAAAAACGCAAAUAUGGGAAAAACGCAAAUAUGGGAAAAACGCAAAUAUGGGAAAAACGCAAAUAUUGGAAAAACGCAAAUAUGGGAAAAACGCAAAUAUGGGAAAAACGCAAAUAUGGGAAAAACGCAAAUAUGGGAAAAACGCAAAUGUAGCGAAAGGUAA